CCCGAGGGACCGAGCGGCCCGUGUGAGGGCCGGUAGCCCCAGGCCUGGCAGCCCGAGGCCCGGGGAGCAGGGACGAGCACUGUGGGCCGGCGCAGGGCGAGCUGGGGUGCCGUCUGGUGUCCCUGUCCCCCACCCACACACACACAACCUCCCAGGAAAUAACCAUUUGGAAGGGGCUAUGAAGAAACAGACCUAGGACAUGGUGGUCUGGAGCUGCCUUUUCUUGCUCAAGGGUCCCACAGUUGUGGCCACGUCGCUGGGAGCCCUGCAGAGUUCUCGCAGGCAUGUUGGUGGGGGCUGUGGUGCAUGCGGGGCCGGGGGUCCCCUCAGAGCCUGCUCUGCCCCCAGGACAUGAGAGACAAAGAAGGGGCUGCUGGUGUGGGGCCCUGGUCAUGUUGCCUUAUCUGUAAACGGGAAGGGCGCUCCCAUUGCACUGGGGGUGCUUGCCUGGAAGGGUCCUUCUGGGGCGCUGAGGCCCUGGGGCUACGAGGCCAAGCCUCCUCCCCUUGUUUCAGAAAGGACCUGGUGGCUUGGACUGACCGUCUUCACCACCCACUGUGGUCACUUGGGAGCCUGCACACAGCGGUCGUAUGCCACAGCCCUCCCUCAGGCGGGGCUGGCCCCGGUGGCCUCCAAGGACAGCCCUGGGGGACGCUGGAAGGUCACACUCACACUCUGGAGGGGGGUUCCUCAUCCUCCUGUCCUGAGUCCUUGGGGGCAUUCUGCUUCAGGUCACUCUGGGCGGCCAAAUUGGGGUCUGGCUUUAGACUUGCUGGCUGUGCCUGCUGGCCUGGGCUUACCUGCCCCAUCGGCGAAACGAGCCUAAGACACGGCCACUGGGUGUCUGGGCUGCGAGUCCCCCGAGAGAGCGGGGCGGGCGGGGGCAUCGGUCUCUGUGUGGCCCUUUUCAAAAGAACAGGGUUGGAGAGUGAUUCGAGGGUGUCUCCUGGCUUCUCUGACGUCAGGCUGAGGCGGGAGGGGCCACCCCUGGAGACUGGCUCUGGGGGCGGUUAGGACCCUGGAAGUGGACCCUGGGCAGCAGGGCUCCUCCCGGACGGAGUGGACCCGUUUUCCUUGAGUGGGGAUGUCGGCUCUGGGGUGCAUUAGAACUCAUUCUUGCCUAGAAAUGAUUUCACACCCCUCUGUGCUGCUGCCAGUCCCUGGUCCCCACCGGAGGUGUAGGGGAGAAACUUCUUAGUGACAGACCGCGUAGCAGGCCUGGCCACUUGUCACAUGAGAAGGCCCUUUAGACCCAUAACUGGGGCUUGACUUGGCCUCGACGUGGUGACUGUAGGUCCUGGGUGCUGAGUGAGCACCCUGCACGGCUCACUGCCCCGUGGUGUGCCGGCUGUCACUCCCCUGGACGCCAGGGUGCUCCCGGGUGGGGCCCUGACUCAGGCCUCCGGACUCCAGCAGCAGGGCCGCCGCCCAGCCUGAGGCCAGCUCUGCACCCCAGGCCCCCCGCUGCCAUCUCUGUUAAAGGAGGAAACUGAGGCGCGAGGACAAGCCCUAUGCACCCCACACCGGCCCUGCCCACUGGGGCUCCACUCUGUGACUCCGGCCAGCUCUGCCCCUUGGGGUCUCAGUGUCCUCACUUGUGGUAUGUCGGGAGGUGUUAUGAGCCCCAAGAAUCCGGGCACCUGGGGUCUUUUUAUUGGGCACAGGCAGGGGGUGCUCGAGAUGAGAUGGACCCACAUGGGCGCCAGGGUUUCUGAGACGGGGGCUUGGAGGUACAGGGGUGCUGCAGUGAAGGGCUCUCUGCCCCGUGGGCUCUGGCCUCCAGGGAGCCUCGCUGUUGUUCCCUGUGGUGUAAGGACCAGGGAGUGUCUGCCUCUGUCCGCUGGCCCACCUGCGUGGGUGGGUGGGGCCCAGAGGCUCCACCAGGGGUCCUAGCAGCACGGUGGUGUCUGAGGCUGGCCUCUCCGGGAGGGGUGCAUCUCCGCCUGGACCAGGGCCUCCCCUGGCCCCCAUCUGCCCAGAUGGGGUGGCGGUCAGCCCGAAGGGAGGGUUCAGUCAUGCUUGUGGAGCCUCGGCGGCCUGGUUCCUGGCCCGCGCCCCACCCUGCCCAGACCCUGGCCCCUUCCUCCUCCUCCCUGCCCACCCGUCAGAGGGUUGGCAGGAAAACAUCCGGCCCCAGACAGCGGGGGUUCUGGCAGAGAGGACAAAAGGUCAGUGGGAACAGGAGGCCCAUUGUGGAGGCCGCUCCCGCUCCAUUUGGGGUGGAGGCAGCACGGCCCCCAGAGCCCCGGAGCGGGCCUGUGGCACCUCCCAGGCUUUCCGGGGUUUAUGGCCUUUUGAUUCACAGUCCAAGGCCUCUUAUACGAGGAGAUAGCGGUCAGGCCGGGCAUGGUCAUCCUGAGGCCCCAGCGGGUGACUGUCCAGUUGUGCUGGCUGAAGGCUGCUCAGUGGGCCGCAGAGGGGUCAGGGUGUACGAGCCGCUCCGAGCAGCCGUCUCCCCUGUUGCAGGUGGGCUCCCGUUUUGUUUCAGGGUAGCCUGUGUCCUUCAGUAAAUUACCUGAUCAGUCCCCAGGUCUCCAGAAGCCAGGACCCAGCUCUGCAGCGAUGGACGUGGCCCUGUUGGCCAAACUUCUGGAAGGCAGGCUGUGCGUGUCCACCUGAGUGCCCGGGACUGGCUCUGCUCCCUGGGAAUUGAGCUGGGAGGGGCAUGUCGGGGCAGGGUCCAGCUGCUGCUGUGUGGGGUCCAAUUUAUGGGCCUGGGGGAGAACGUGGUGGCCUGGGGGCUUAUGCCUUGGGUAGGGCCUCUGAGCCCCUGGCCUGCUGUGCAGGGCUUCCUGGGGAGAGCCUAGCAGUGAGGGAGCCCAACACCUGGGCCUUGGGGAGCUGGACACGGCCCCAGGGGCACUGCCCGUCUGCCUUCAGGCCCUGGAGCCUGAGCUCCUCGAUCUCCGGGCUGCAUUGGCCUCUGGCGAGGUUGGAGGAGAAGGGCUCCCCCACUCCGUCCGUUAAAACAGGUCCAGGCCUCCAGCGAAAGGAGGCUUGUCUGCUGCUGCCUCAGUUUCCUCACCUGUAAAGCCGACGUAACUGUGCCCUCGCAGGGCAGCUGUGAGCAUCACAGCGACUGGCACAGGGGCUGUCAGUGCUGCUGUGUUUAUCUUGGUGGUGAUCCUCUGCCUGACCCUGGACCGGCAGGCCAGCACCUGGGGCGUCCCCAGCAGGGUGUGGCUGUCCCCAGCCCUCCUGCUUUGUGGUUCUGGCAGCCCAGCCUGGGAUGCUGGUGAGCGGCAGGAAGUCGCCUGGGUGCUUGGCGUCCCUGACCUGGGGGGUUGUGGAUGGCCUGGCCUGCGGUGCACAGGUGGGGCUAAGGCAGGCACCCUCUCUGCCGAGGAGCUGGAUCUGGUUUGUAAGGUGCAGCCCAGACACCAAGGUGCAAACAGGGCCGGAAGGGAGGCACAUGUGGACCCCGCUUAGCUCCAGUGUGGGAAUGGGGGUCCCGGGGACGUCAUCGUGUCAUGCUGUGGACCUGGCUGGUGUGGAGGACGCUUCUGAGAAUUUAAUGUUCACAGCAUGUUCAUGGGGGGAAAUGCAGCCGCUUCCUGGCCAGACAAGUGGCGGGGCGUCCGCGUCCUCGCAUGCCCGGGAGCAGGUGCCGUCGUAAAACGUGUUUGUUUUUCUUAGAUGAAAACAGCCCGUCUGAGGAGAAAGUGGGUUCCUAAACCGAGGCAGCCAGCACUGCGCGCCUCGCCAAGGGCACCGGAUGGGCGGCGUGUCUCGAGUGUCCACCUUCCCCAUGGUGGCCGGGCUGUCCUGGGUGAACAGCCUGCGCCCCUUUGCCCGGGAGUCUGGGGGUCUUGGCCCGCAGAGGAACCUGGGAGAGAUGCUUGCUGACAAGCAGGGCUGGGCCGAGAGCCCCGGGCCUCCCUUGUGUCCUGCAGAGGCCGGGUGGUAGGAAGGUGGCUGUGGACAGUGCACGGCACUCAGACCCGUCCCACCUGCACGGGACCCUGGCUGCCGCCCAGGCCGACCUGGAGCUUCUAAUCGAGGAGUGUGGCAGGGCUGCAGGUGGGGCCUCUGCCCUCGGAAGGUCUGCUGAGGCCCAGCCCACCCAGUACCCUCAUGGGGUUCACUUGACCCCGCCCCACCCUGGGACCAGCAGGCCUCUCCAGACUCGGGGGCCUGGGGACUGAUUUGGGGGAGCUGGGGCCCUGUGUGAAAGUGCCAACACCAGGGGUCACUCACUCCGGAAGUGGCCCAGGCCACUUCCCAGGUGCUUCUGUACGCACGACCUUGUUUCUUAUCAUGACCCUGUGACCUAUGGUCCCAUUUUGCAGAUGGGAAGACAGAGGCUCUGCCCCACGGUCCAUGGACUCCUCUCUGGCUCCAGGCCCCUGGGGAAGGGGCAGGUGGAGGGGCGGCAGCAUCCCAGGCCUUUGGGGAGUGGGCCGUCCUGUGGCUGCUCGUGCUAGAGGCUUCCUUUUCUCCGACCUUGACUUAGGAAACCUCCCUGGCCUGGCCUCCAACCGGCCUGGUUCCUGGCCACCCCCUUCCAGGCCCCCACACCUGGACCUGGCUGCUGGCGUUCACACCUGAGGCCAUGCACUGCCUAGCACUUCACACGCCUCUCUGUGGGUCACUCAUGCCGGUCGGGACAAGCCUUGGCCAGGUUACCUGUGGGGCGGGUGCCCCAUUGCCAGGUUGCAGGGCUGACCCCACUGCCUGGGUCCUCUGGCUUGUGGACUGCAGGCCUCUGCAGAGGAGCCUGGAGAAGGGUCCCCGCCCUGCCCCUCCCUAUCCAGACUCCCGGGCUGGGACUUCUGCUCUGAGCCUGGGUCCCCUUCGUCCACCCCCACCCCUGCCAGCUCUGGAUGGGCCCACGGGUUCCACGCUCAGGGUGCAACCUGUGGGCUGUGUUCCCUUCCCGCCUGUGUCCCAGGCGGACCGUGAAGGGUGGGCUGGCUAUGCCUGAAGAGGGCUGGGCUCCGGCCCCAAUGUCAGCACAGAUGCAGUGCCUGCCAGGCUGUGUGGGGGGCUGGGGACCAGAGCACCGGCUGUGGGCCUGUGGGAAUGGGGACCCCACUGGGGCUACAGGGAGGCAGGGAGGAUCGCCUCCCUGGAGUUUUCCUCCUCCGCUAACUGGGAGCGACGGCGGGGGCAUGGCUGCCUCGGCAGCGCUCGCUCUGCCUGUAUUAAGUGUCUGGAGCCAGGUGUGUGCGUGUGUGUGUUUGAGGUCCCAUGACGGGCAUGUGUGUGCCUGUGUGUGCGCCUGUGCGGGGGGUGGGGCUGCGUUUCCAGCACAGACAGCCAGUUCCCUGGGGCCCCUGGGGAUUAGACUUCUCGCCCCCUCCCCCCACCUGUGCCUGGGGCCUUUCCGGCUGAGGGGGGCCCCAGCUCCGUCUGGGACGCCCCAGCCCCCUCCUGGGAAGGCCCCGGGGCCUCUGCCGACGUUUCUGAGAAGGCCAGCUUUCUCCAAGUUUCCACAGAGACCCGUGGCCUGGGGCCGUGAGAAGGCCUCAUGCCUUCCUGGGACAGGCUGUUGGCUGUUGGGUGCCGCGGGCCUGGGGGAGGGGAGGGUCCUUGUGGGACCGGAGGGGUGGAGACCCGGAUCUGGUUCCCAUAGGGUUCUGGUCUGGAGCCUGUCCCAUCUGGGCCCGGACAGUCUGCUUGUGGGCCCUGGGGCCGUGCUGGCUCCUCUUUGGGCCUCAGGCAGGAGGCAGGGUGACACCUGGCCACCAGCCACAGGCAGCAGGGCCCUGUGCCUCAGCCACUGCUUUUUUCCCUUUAAUAACUGAACGCCAUGUGAAAACUUCCUGUUGCCCCAGAAGUCCCUAAAACGGGAGCACAUGCCUCCCCUCCCCGAGGGCCCCCAGCUCCAGGUGCAUCCUGCAGACUCCCCCACCCCAGCACGCACGUCGCAUUUACUUUAAGUUAAAAUGAGCCCAAACCACCAAUGCUGUGCUGCACCCUGUCUCACCGGGCGCGCGCGCCCGCCUGCCCGCCCUCUGGGCGCUCA